CAGCCCGGUUGCAUUCAGAGCCAGCGGUGAGCAGUGUGGACAGCAUAUAUGGUCCAGUAGAUGCAGAGGGCAGGAGCUGACUCCCAGCGACCCCAUCAACAUCAUGCCGCCUGUGAAGCUUGACAGUGCAGAUGAGACCACACCCUCUGAUGGUGCCAAGGCCAAAGAAUGCAUCACCACAGUGCUGACGGGGCUGGAGAACAUCUCCCCUCUGGUAAAAUCUGUAGAGGAGACCCUUGAGCCAAUCUCCACUGAGGUACAAGGGACCAUUCCCACCUGGAUCAAUGGCAACCUCCUCCGCAACGGCCCAGGAAAGUUUGAGUUUGGAAACACACACUACAACCACUGGUUUGAUGGGAUGGCUAUGCUGCAUCAGUUUAAGAUUGAGGAAGGCCGGGUGACAUACAAGAGCCGAUUUCUGCAAAGUGAUGCCUUCAAAAAGAACAGUGAAAGGGACCGCAUCAUGGUGUCAGAGUUUGGUACCCUCGCUAUGCCUGACCCUUGCAAAAACUUCUUCCAGCGCUUUCUUUCUCGCUUUGAGAUAAUUGAUUCCACAGACAAUGCAAGUGUCAGCUUUGUGAAAUAUAAGGGUGACUACUACGUCAGUACUGAGACAAACUUCAUGCACAAAGUGGACCCAGAGAGCCUAGAGUCAGUGGAAAAGGUGGACUGGAGCAAGUUCAUUGCUGUAAAUGGAGCCACUGCCCACCCACACUAUGACCCCGAUGGCACCACCUACAAUAUGGGCAACUCCUAUGGCAGCAAAGGUGCCAUCUACAACAUCAUCAAGGUGCCUCCUGAGAGGACAGAGGCCACAGACACCCUUCAAGGAGCCAAAGUUUUAUGCUCUAUUGUCCCUGCAAACAAGUCCUGCCCCUCCUACUACCACAGCUUUGCUAUGUCUGAAAACUAUGUGGUUUUCAUUGAGCAGCCCAUUAAGAUGGACCUGUUGAAGAUAGUCACAUGCAAGCUGAGGGGGAAGCCUUUGAGUGAGGGCAUCUUCUGGGAUCCCAAGCAGGAAACUGUCUUCCAUCUUAUUGACAAGCAUACAGGACAGGUCAGCUCGGUGAAGUACUACACCAAAGCCCUCUCCAACUUCCAUCAGAUCAAUGCCUUUGAGGAGGACGGCUUCUUGAUGCUGGACAUAUGUGCCUCAGACGAUGGGCAAGCCAUCAACAACUACCUCAUCCAGAACUUGCGCAAGUCAGGAGACGCACUAGAUGAGGUGUAUAACACCAUGUGCAGGGUUUUCCCCCGCCGUUUUGUUCUGCCCCUCAGUGUGACCAUGGAUACGCCAACAGGCCAGAACCUCAACACAAGGCCUUCUAGCACAGCAACCUGUGUCAAAAUAAGCAAAGAUAAGGUGUUAUGCCAGCAUGAGGAUCUCCAUGGUGAUGACCUCCAUGAGUACGGUGGCCUGGAGUUCCCUCAAAUCAACUACAGCAGAUACAACACGCGACAGUACCGCUACUUCUAUGGCUGUGGCUUCAGACACCUGGUGGGAGACUCUCUGCUCAAGAUGGACCUGAAGGAUAAGUCCCUCAAGGUGUGGUACCAGAGGGGCCUCUACCCAUCAGAGCCUGUGUUUGUCCCCUCACCUGAUGCGGUGGACGAGGACGACGGCGUCAUCCUGUCUGUGGUCCUCACCCCCACUCAGGAUAAAGGUACAUUUCUGCUGGUUUUGGAUGCCAAGACAUUUGAGGAGCUGGGACGAGCCAAUGUGCCUGUCAACAUACCUUAUGGCUUCCAUGGGACCUUCAACGCCUCAGCGUGAAAUCAGUCAUUCCUGAUCUAUUCAGAGCCUUUGAAUUUCUGAUGGAUGUAGGAUGAGGGAUACCAUAAGCAGUGUUUACUAUAUACCAACAAUAUCUCUGAUGGUACUCAGUUAUUAUAACAGCCAGAGGCAGUGGUGAUCUGUCACUUCCUGAAUGUUGAUUAACUAAUUUUUAACUUUUGAAUGACAGUCAGUGGAAACGCCUUGAUGCCCUUUAAGAGUGUUACAGUACUUAACCACUAUAAUUAUGUACUCAAAGAUAUUACGCACAGUAUUAUAGGCAAUUAUAUUCAUUGUGUAUUAAUCUGAGACCCACAUACUGUGCAUGUAUGCAGAGAGCAAUGUCAGACAGAGCUCCAAGAGGAGUUAAGGAGGGGGGGGGUUCAGUGCCAUGCUCAAGGGUACAUCAACAGGAGUGGACACACCAGCCACUGUAGGCAUUAAACCUGUGAUGUCUGUGAUGAUCUGUGUAACUACCAAAAUGAACCAAAUGCCAGCUGAUUGAUUCCUAAGUGUCCUAAACACAAUCUGAGGUACUUUUUCCUACUAUGGUACUUUCUGCUAUUUAAACAUUUUUUUUACGUAAUGGAUUUUUUUUUUUUUUUUUUACAGCCUGAGUAAUAGUAUUAUUUUUUUUACCUCUGCAAAAUGAAGAAAUUGUGUUUACAGAUUUACAUUUUGAGUGACCGUUUGUCAUAUGGUCCUCUACUAUACUGCUCAGAAAUACAUGUUUACUUUUUGGUUCUGCAUAUAGAAAAUGGACUGAGGAAACUGUAACAUCUUCAGUAAAAAUAAAAAGUCC